AUGGAGAUCACAAGCCCGGCUGCAACCAAGACCUUGCGAGAGACAUUUCAAGCGAACGACCUCCGUCAGCACCUGUUCUCACUGGCGCUCCUGGUCAAGUCAGUUUGGAGCGUUGUCAAGCGGAAGACGACGCCGACGUUCACGGAUACUCGCGCCGCGGAUGAGGCCAACCGGACGACGAUCGUAGCGCUCAAUCUGAUGCUGCUGUCCAUGAGUGCUAAUUACUAUCAUGCGAUUGCGGACUGCGAGGAUGCAAGCGACAAUGUUCUACAUCACUGCAACGAGGCCCUAAACAUCAAUACCAAGCUCAACACAAUAGGGGCCAAGAUGGAGGAAGAGGACGUGGUUAUCAUCUGCCUGCUGCGUAGUCUGCCCAAGCGCUACGACAACGGCGUGCUCAAUUUGGAGGUGAGGGCAACGGGGCUGAAGAUGAACGUCGUAAUCAAAGUGCUUACCAACGAACCCAUCAAGAGACAGGGAGAGAAUACUGCACCAGUGAAACUGAAGGCGCGGCUACCGCGCUCAGUGUUGAGCCCGCCUCCCGCUGUUACACCUACUGCGGAAACCGGGGCACGUCGUUGGAUCAAUGGUGUCAACGACGACUACAUCGAGUUGGCUGUACCCGUGGAGUGUGGACUUUCGACGGGAAACCAUUUUGUCGAUACGUGGGCAUUUGACAAUGGUGCCACACGCAUCAAGUCGUGCGACAAAGAAGUCGGCAUGGAUCUGGAUGCCGUGCUCGUGUCCAAGUGGUUCAGGUAG